UAGUGAGGGCGCCUUUUCGCUUCUCCGGCGCUCUGGGAAUACUAACCGCUCGGCGAAGAAAACUACUCCAAACUAACUACUCUGUCUUCUCCACUGCGACUUUGCUCCUUGUCGUCUGCUGCCGUUUCUGCCCCGAAAGACUGCGACGUUUGUUCUUUUUUUUUUUCACCGCGGAGGAUACGAAGGAAACACUAAAGACACACUGCUGACAGCUGACAGCUGCUCUCUGAGGCCCGUACCAACCUGGUAUACUUACCUGCAUGGUGGAUCGCUGCAGUUACACUGGAAGCUCAGGAAGUUUGUUGAAGACUGAACAUUCUCAGAGGGAGAACCUCAAAGGGGGUCUCAGGCCCUAACGCCCCUUCCAGCCACCCCGUCUUCAGAAUAUCCCGUCUCCUACACCUCCUUUGCUGAGGUCAUUUCCUAAGAGAAGCGGGAGGAGCUAAAGAUUGGUGGAUUGAAAGAGCGUUGAACGUGACAAACCCUGUCUGUGGGAGGUGAAUCUGCCGCGGGCCAUGUGUUUCUAGUGAGGUCUCAUCUUCUGCCAACAUGAGGCUGAUGCCCGGCUCGCCUCGACCCGUCCUGCCAGCCAUCUUGGCUCUCACCGUCGCCGCCUUCUUACCUCAGCUGUCCUCAGGAGCCACGCCGUUCCCCCAAGACCUGGAACCAAUCAGCAUUGUGGGCAGAGAAUCCUCCUACCUCUACCCCAGCUUCCAGGGUCUCAUGUCGGACAAUGACACCGUCCGCCUGGGUCUGGACUUCCAGAGGAUGCUGAGGAUCAACCACAUGCUUUACAUCGCUGCCCGGGACCAUGUGUUUGCCAUCAAUCUCGCCGUUUCAUCUGAGCAGAUAAUCCCACAGCAGAAACUGACUUGGAAGACGAAGGAUGUGGAGAAGUGCACUGUGAGAGGGAAAAACAGCGACGAAUGUUACAACUAUAUCAAAGUCCUGGUGCCACGUAACGACGAGACACUCUUCGCCUGCGGCACCAAUGCCUUCAACCCCACCUGCCGCAACUAUAAGAUGUCGACACUGGAGCAGGAAGGGGAGGAGGUGGUGGGACAGGCUCGCUGUCCCUUUGAGUCCCGCCAGUCCAACGUCGGCCUUUUUGCAGGUGGUGAUUUCUACUCAGCCACUAUGACCGACUUCUUGGCAAGCGAUGCCGUCAUUUACAGGAGUCUGGGAGAAAGUAGCCCUGUCCUACGUACAGUCAAGUAUGACUCCAAAUGGCUGCGAGAGCCCCAUUUCCUCCAUGCUAUUGAGUACGGGAACUACGUGUACUUUUUCUUCAGCGAGAUCGCAGUGGAGUACACCACCCUCGGCAAGGUGGUUUUCUCCAGAGUCGCACGUGUUUGUAAGAACGACAACGGCGGAUCCCCGAGGGUGCUGGAACGUUACUGGACGUCGUUCCUCAAAGCCCGACUGAACUGCUCCGUCCCCGGUGACUCCUUCUUCUACUUCGACGUCCUGCAGUCGCUGACCAACGUUCUGCAGAUCAAUCACCGGCCGGCGGUGCUCGGCGUCUUCACCACACAGGCGAACAGUAUCACCGGCUCAGCAGUCUGUGCUUUCUACAUGGACGACAUAGAGAAGGCCUUCAGUGGCAAAUUCAAAGAGCAGAGGAACAGUGAGUCAGCGUGGACACCUGUUCCAGAGGAGCAAGUCCCGAAACCAAGACCGGGGUGCUGCGCCGGCGAGGGCUCAGCGGCUGCCUACAAGUCGUCCACCACCUUCCCUGACGACACCCUGACUUUCAUCAAGUCCUACCCGCUCAUGGACGAGUCCGUCCCCUCAGUCAAUGACAGACCAUACUUCACUCGCACCACCAGCAGAUUCAAGUUGACCCAGAUAGCGGUGGACACGUCUGCCGGGCCGUAUAAGAACUACACGGUGGUUUUUCUGGGCUCAGACAACGGCCACGUGCUGAAGAUCCUGGCCAGCACCGAGGGAGCCAACGCAUCCUUCAGCACGCAGCUCCUGGAGGACAUCGACGUCUACAGCCCUAACAAAUGCAACGUGCGGGGGGAGGACAGGAGGGUGCUGGGUCUCGAGUUGGACCGGGAUCAUCACGCGUUGUUCGUGGCCUUCUCCAGCUGUGUGAUCCGUGUGCCGGUCAGCCGCUGCUCUGACUACAGCACCUGCAAGAAAAGCUGUCUGUCUUCACGGGACCCUUAUUGCAUUUGGCUGAAGUCAGGCAGCUGUGCCACGGUCUCACCUGGUUUCAAAGGCGGUUUUGAACAGGAUGUGGAGAACGGCUACCAUCAGCACCCUGAUACCUGCCACGACGUCCUGGCGACCACUCGCAAGCAAAACACAGCGCUGGAUUCGGCGUAUGGGAAGACCACACCCACAAGCGCCAGCACAACCUAUCAUGGGGCGGCAUUCCCAAAGGAGGCAGGUGACCCUGAAAGAGGUACAGGUCCUGAUGGCCCUCCCCCAGUGGGGGAACAAGGGUCACCUGACUCGGAGCCAAUCAGUGUGGAGAUGGAGGGUGUGAGGCGACCUCCAGAGCUGGAGAAGACCAAUCACAGUGUCCACUACACUCUCCUGAUCGCUUGUGUUUUGGUGGCCUUUGUACUCGGCGCCUUCCUCUCUGGCUUUCUGGUCUCCUGCUAUUGUAACCACACGGGCCACAAGACCAAGAAGUUGUCGAAAGAUCCUGAGGCCCCAAUCCCGCACGCCCUAUCCCUCCGCAGCCUUGCCAAGCUCAACGGCCUCCUGGACAGCCAAAGUAAAGAUGACAAGCUGGAGGUGUCAUCUCCGAAGAUCUACAAUUCUUUCUUUGCCAACAGCAAGGAGCAUCACCCGCCAAGGAGAAACGGCCAUCACGCAAUGACAAUGGGUGACCUGGUUCAUCCCCACCAUCACCACCUUCACCAUUCCUCAGAGCUCUCCGGUCUGCCGACACCAGACUCGACCCCAGAAUUGCCCAUCAAGAGCAUGAAAGCUUUCAAGAACCAGUGGGAGAAGAACCAGAAUUGCAACAAUGCCAAAGAACCAAAGUCCCACAACAUCGGCUCCAGGCCAAGCUCUGCCCUGCUUCACCAGCAGGUCUUCCCCUACUCCCAUGGCUUGGCCAAUGGGCAGCCACUAGUUGGUGGUCACCUCCAUCCGGAGGAGCGCAAAAUCCACAAUGUUGAACGUGUGCUAUCUCAGCAGCCUUACCCUGGUUAUUCGCAGAAGGUGAUGGAGGUAACCUCACUGGAUGAGCUCCUGAAGCACAUCCAUGAGGCAAGCAGCAGCAAGAACUCCCAGUUAAUGAGCCCAUCGGGUUUGAUGGCCAGCGGUGGCGGAGGCCAGCUAGCCUUCGCCAACCGCAUCCAACCUCAGAUCCCUGAGACAGAAUCGGCCCCCUACUACAGCUCGUCCACUUUACCCCGAGACAGCCUCACCCGACGCAUGGAUGUUCCUCCUGACAUCCCCCCACACCACCAGUCCACCCUGGAGAGGAGGCACUCCUCCCAGAGGCACUCACUGAUUGCUGCAGCCACCAAGAUGCCCAGUGGAGGUGGAGGAGGAGGGGGAGGAGGUGGAGGAGCAGGAGGGAUGAUCCCUCGCCAGCACAGCUUCAGCCAGCGAAACGGUGGACCCCACCAGCCACCUCCCCUACUGGCACGGAUGAACUCGACGGGCAGCGCCUGCGAGGUUCACUACCCUCUCAUCCCCAGUGGGUACCUGACACGCCAGCACAGCUACAACGGAGAGCAGGAGAUCCCACACAGGGGCGCCAUCGUCCGCCGGGCCUCCUCUCUCAAACCUGACGUCCCUCCGAAGCCCCUGUUCAUACCUGCCACGUCCCCGGUCAACCAACAGGGGAAGUUCAACUACUGAGGAGGUACACUCCUGGACUAGAGAGGGAGUCUCCCUCAUGGUGUCUUCUUAAAGGACCUUCCCUUUGAAGAAAUGCAGUGGGUUCGAGGUUUGCAGACCUUCCCGAGAAAACACAAGCGAUCGUGUGACAGCCAGUGUCACUGUGGACGAAAAAGCCUCAACCAAACUUGUUUUUUCCCCUUCUUUUUGUCCAGCGAAUAUCUUUGUACCAUAUUGGUAUUGCUCAGCUACUUGCUUAUUAUAGAACCGCUGACUUGGGUGACGUGACGCCACCUCCUUAUAUUAGGCUGCCAAUGUCCUCAGUGUGGAUUUACAAUGCAACUUAGUUUUUGGACGCAUUGAUGUUGCAAAAACUUAACACAUCAGUCAUCUUGAACACUUAAAAGCCGGAGGUUCCUGCGAUGCUUAGAUUCAGGCUUUUGCUUAACCUUUUCUGAUGUGGUGUUGGUAACGAGUCCCCGCCCGCCCCACCCUCGAAUGUGUUUAUAUUAUGCAUGUGUGUGUAUAUAUAUGUGUGUUUAUAUCCGCACCGUAUAUGUAUACAUAUACAUAUGCAGUAUAUGUAACCUGUGGUGAAAAGUCAGCAAAUUCCCCCGAAAGUAGUUAUGUCUUUGCCUUAUUAUACUCUUUCAUCUUUGGGCAUAUCAAACGACCCCCCCCCCCUCCCGCCCCCUAAGGAAUACAGCAUCUUAGGGACACCAAAUCAUGCACUCAACACAACUCAUUGUCAGCUGGCUAAAAACGAUGAACCAAAUUUGUUUGUGUUGACAAGAGAAAGGAAAUUCUUCAACAAAGCAGCUAUACUCGUCUUUUCUCUCUUUUCUUUUCCCGUCCCAGCAGAUGUCAGGUCAGACGUGACGUAAUCGGGUCCAUUUAAGUUCCUCGAGAAUGUUUCUAUAAGAUUGGUGCUUCACAAAUCUAGUGGGUCUAACAUCCUCUGAAAUGGAAAUAAACAGUACUGUAUACUCUGAAAUAUUUUUGGACCCAAAGAGGACACGACAAACAUGCCACGCCAUCCGGCAUCAGGAGAAUGAACAUAAAACAUAGAAUGGACUGCAGUUAUUAUAAUUAUUAACUUUGUGGCUAUUGGUUGUAAAUAAAGGAAUAAUUACUAGCCAAAUUUUAACUGUAUGUGUAAAUGUGUGCCUUAUUUAAUAAUAGUGUGUGACAUGGGGGUAGGGGUUAAUGCAAGGGGCUCAGAUGGCUACUAUGCUACAGUAUAUUGUAGGUGUUUCAUUUUCUAUGGUCGUCAGUAUGUGUCAUACAGUAUCUAUUGUAUAUUUGAAGAGUUUCAUUCCAGAAUGAGAUACUUGUCAUUUAAAAAGUUGUCACCUGUUCUGAUAAACUGGUAACUGUGAAUAUGAUUGUCACAUCAUAUUUUAUGUUAUAUCUUGAGUGUAUUGAGCCUUUUUUUUUUU